AUGACUAACGACAAUGUGAUCAUAACCGCUGAAGAUGUGUGGAAGUUUCUGAACAUCUCUCUGCAGAGCUAUCCUAAUUCUUCUAUAUGGCCUGAACAGACUGGAACGGCGAAGGGGACGUUGGGAGAAUUCGCACCCAACUGGAGAAAAGAAAAAUCUUCAGCGCCUAUCGUGCCAGCUACUGGAAGAGAAAUCAACGUGAUUCAGGUCCCCUAUCUCAAACCUGCAAAGAAUUCAAGUUGCAACCCUGUAGAACACUAUAUCGCGUUG